AAGCUCUUCUAUCUUUUUCUUUUCUUUUUUCCAUUAUGUUGUGCACCAGAUGAAGAGUCAACGAAGACCAAGCAUGACUGCAUGGCCCAAACAUGAUAGAAUCACGCGGCAAACAAUACUGCUAAAUAGUAGUAAAUCCUAUUUAAGAUCAAAACUUGCCACAGCUUAAGGAAAAGCUGAAAAUAGACAGAAGAAUAAGCAAAGACUGUUGUGUUUCUCUCAGCAACAUAUAUUGCCACCAACCAAGUUCCUAACAUUACCACUCAUCAUCAUUUUUCUUCUUUUUCUCUUCUUCUCACCCACUUUCAAUCUCUAGAUGCUUCCCAAUAACUGUUCUACACCUCUGGAGAUUCCAAUUCCAACCUCUUCUAAAUUCAAGGUUCACCAUUCAAUAUGCAUAGAGCUUCAAGGAUUCAUUGAUAGAAUUUUGCAUAUUAUAUUAUCAGUUGAAUCUUCAAGACCAAAUUGUACUUUAGCAAUUCAAGCAUUGUGCUCUUUGCACUUCACUUUGGAUAAAGCCAAUUUAAUUAUCAAACACUGUUCUGAAGCCAGUAAACUCUAUCUGGUAAUAACAUCACACAAGAUUCUUUCAAGAUGCGAAAAAGUAAGAAACUCUUUCGCGUUGUACUUGACUCAGAUUCAAAAUACUGUUCCAAUUUCAUUGGUUGCUGAGAUAUGUACAAUACUACAUGAUCUAAACCAUACAAAAUUUUCAUUGGAAUUUGAAGAAGAUGAGACUAGGAAAAUUUUACUUUCAUUGCUUGAGAAGGAAUUUUCUGAUUCAGUUUCUAUGGAGAAUGCAGAAGUUGAAGCUAUUCAAAAUGUAGCAUUGAGGUUGGAUAUAAAAUCUUCAUUUUCUCUCUUAGUAGAGAAAACAAGUCUUAAAAAGCAACUUGAAAAGGUCAAUAAGACAAACCAAAAAGACAAGGAACUUUUACAAUACCUUUUGUAUUUGUUAAUUAAAUAUGGAAAAUUCAUUUUUCAGUUUCAAAAUGGAAACAAUGUGUGUGUUAAUCAAGUCAAUAUUAUGAUUAUUGACUCUGUCGAACCAAUUGUUGGAAAUUUAUGAUUAUAUAUUGUCCAUAAAGCUUCUGUGUUAUUUUCA